GCAUGGCCAUAAAAAGCUUUGCGCCAAGGUCUUUACUGUGCUUAAGUAAGUAGUCGUUUCUUAUUUACUCGGACAAUAGGUCACUAAGGUUGGUUUCCACAGUGACAAACUGAAUAUAAGUAUCGUUAAAUAUAAUUUAAAUUAUAUGUAUAUUAUAUAUUUUAGUGAUUUGUUAACUUCAAAUAGAUGAUGGUGAUAGCAUGAAAUUUUAAAUGUGUGUAGCGUUAAACACGUUUAGUGAUUUGUCGUGCAAGCUAGCCUAAGAUUACUUUGCCUUCCGGAUCGGUUUCUCAUCGUGGCGUAGUGUCUGUCGGCUUCUUGUUUUUAAAAUAAUAAAGGUGAUAUUUUAAGUUCAACGUUAGGAAGAAGUGUAAUAUAUAUAUAGCCAACCAAGCAUGAUUGAAGAUAACGUAGUGUAUGGCGGCCCAUGUGUGGAGGUGCCAGUUUAUUCCUCAUUUGCAACAUAUGUGAUAGAAAAACUAAAAGAAAAUCCGGACCGUAACAUAUUGAUUAAUGCCGAUACCGGUCAUGCAAUGACCAGUAAAGCGAUACUACAAGAAAUAGUAAACGUCGCCGUGGGUUUAAAACAAAUUGGCGUGGAGAAGGGUGAUAUUGUCGCAAUAAGCAGUGAAAAUAGAAAUGAGUUUAUCACAGCUGUCAUAGCGGCUAUCAGUUGUGGUGCAACGGUGACUAGUAUCAACGUCCUUAGCACUAAAGAUGAAAUAAUCCACGUGUUAAGUAUAUCACAUCCUAAAAUAGUAUUUUGCUCUGAAGCCGUUCUGAAACAACAAUUAGAUACCAUCAAAUCGCUACCAGAAGUAAAAAAAAUUAUUCAGUUAAAUGGGGAACUUGUACACGAUGAUGUCAUUUUAUAUAAAGAUGUGAUGAUACACACGAACGUGACAGAAUACACAGCUGAGGAAGUUGAAGAUUUAACUGACGUUGCCUUAAUUAUGAACUCAUCGGGUACUACAGGACUGCCUAAAGGAGUAAUGCUUACACACAUGAAUAUACUUUAUGGGCUAAAAAUGUUUAACAACGGGCGUUCGUGUGAAUCGUAUUCAACAGUACUGACAGUGGCGCCAUGGUACCAUGUUUACGGCUUCUUGACUACAAUCGAGUUUAUAGCGAGCAAUGUACUUAUAGUAUAUUUGUCAGGAUUUAAUACAAAAAAAUACCUGAGUACCAUAGAGGAACAUAGGGUAGAUGUACUGAUUGCUGUGCCUCCGAUUAUCGUUUUUCUCGGUAAGUCCCCGUUAGUCCACGAGCAUGACUUAUCUUCCGUGAAGAUGGUGUGGUGCGCAACGGCUCCUCUCAGCGCGGAAACUACCAAACUAGCUAUGAAGAGUUUACCAAAUUGUAAGGGGAUAUUGCAAGGUUAUGGCAUGACUGAAACGACUUUAACAGUCAUAAAAGACUUGGAUGGUUCGAAUUGCUCACAAAAAACAGGCGGCUGUGGUUAUCCAUUACCAGGAAUAAGAGUGAAGGUAGUUGAUGUAGAAUCUAGAAAAAAACUUGGUAUCAAUCAAAAUGGCGAAAUAUGUUUAAAAGGUCCCUCGAAUAUGAAAGGUUAUCUAGGCAACGAGGCUGCAACUAGAGAAGCCAUAGAUGACGAGGGAUAUGUUAAAACUGGAGACAUCGGAUAUUAUGACGAAGACGGAUACUUUUUCAUAGUCGACAGAUUGAAAGAGAUCAUCAAAUAUAAAGGGCACCAGGUAGCGCCAGCGAUAGUGGAAAAUGUGAUUCUGGAACAUAAUGCGGUGGCAGAUUGCGGCGUGGUAGGCGCCCCAGACGAGGUAGCUGGUGAACUACCUACUGCCUUUGUGACGCUCAAAACUAACGCACAAGUCACAAAAAACGAACUUUUGGAAUUUACUAAUCAACGGUUAUCCCCAAUAUCAAGAUUGCGGGGUGGAAUCAUUUUCAUAGACAAGAUCCCAAGAAAUGGUUCCGGGAAAAUCAUGCGUCGGGAGCUGAAGCUUAUACUUGGAAAAUUAUGAAAACUAAAGUGCAGGAAUAAACGAGUGUCAAUAAAUAAGUUUAUUU